GUACCAAGAAAAUGGCAGUUAACGAAGUUAAUGUUCAUAUGAAUGCAGGAAAUGGAGAUACUAGCUACUCCAACAAUUCAGCCCAUCAAAAAAUUGGGAUAUUGAAAUCCUGGGAUGUAUUAGAUGAGACCCUCAAGGAUAUGUUCACUGCUAAUGGCUUCCCCAAGUGCUUCAAGAUGGCUGACUUAGGCUGUUCCUCAGGGCCCAACAGCUUUUUCGUAAUCUCCCAUAUAAUCAACAAAGUCCAGGAGCUGUCCGAAGAGAACAACUUUGGCCAAUCGCCUGAAUUUGAAGUGUUUCUGAAUGACCUUCCCAGGAAUGACUUCAACAACCUGUUCAAGAUGCUGCCCACUUUCUAUCACAAGCUUAAUCCAACUACACAAUGCUUUGUGUCUGGUUUGCCUGGAUCUUUCUAUGGCAGGCUAUUUCCGAGCAAGAGCUUGGACUUUGUUUAUUCAUCCUUCAGUCUCCAGUGGCUCUCCCAGGUUCCUGAAGGCCUGGAGAGUAACAAUAGAAAAAACAUACACAUGGCAAUGGCAAGUCCCCCUGAAGUAUUUGAAGCAUACUUGAGGCAGUACCAGAGAAAUUUCUCCAUAUUUCUCAGCUCCAGGGGUGAAGAAAUGGUACCCGGUGGCCGUAUGGUUUUGACGUUCGUUGGUAGAAGUGUUGCAGAUCCCUCUUCGAAAGAUGAUUCUGCCCAUUUUACACUGCUUGCGGAUACACUUGUUGACAUGAUCAACGAGGGGCUGAUCAAGGAGGCUGAUUUGCAUUCAUUCAACAUGCCUAUAUACACCGCAAGCAAACAAGAAGUGGAGGCAGCAAUUCUCAGUGAAGGUUCCUUUACUUUGGACAAACUCGAAGAUUUUCUCGUACCCUGGGACGCACAUGUGGAACAUAGUGAUUCUAACAACCAUCGGCCCGACAAAUACAGGAGGGGGGAACUGGUGUCGACCUUCAUUCGGGCUUAUACGGAGCCAAUCUUAGCUACACACUUCGGCACCUCCGUUAUGGACGACUUAUACGAAAGGUAUGCAAAGAAACUGGCGGAUUAUCUGUCCAUGGAGACACCAACAUACUUCAUUCUCGUUGUUUCCUUGAGUAAGAAAUGA